AUGGCUGGCCGAUUUGAACGCCAUCCGUUCCUCUUGACGGCCGAAGAGGUUGCCAGGGCUCUGGAAACAGACCUCGAAAGAGGCUUGUCCUCUUCGAAGGUCAAAGAGUUACAGGAGAAGUAUCCCCCUAAUGAACUAGAUGUCGGCGGAGCCAUUCCAGGCUACAAGAUUUUCCUCAAGCAAUUAGUAAAUGCUAUGAUAUUGAUUUUGUUCCUUGCCAUGGCAUUAAGCUUUGCUAUGCAUGAUUGGGUUGAAGGGGGCGUCCUUCUUGCUGUUAUCGUACUUAAUGUUUCAAUUGGAUUCUAUCAGGAGUAUGGUGCAGAAAAGAAGUUGGACGCUCUCAGAGCUCUCUCCGCUCCCAGCGCCAUGGUACUUCGUGAUGGCAGAACUCAAGUUAUUCCCAAUGCCGAGGUUGUACCUGGCGAUAUUGUCAUUCUGAAAAUGGGUGACACAGUACCUGCGGACCUCCGUCUUUUCGAAGCCAUGAACCUGGCUGCCGACGAGCAGUCUCUUACCGGAGAGUCAGUCCCCGUUGAAAAAAUCGUCGAACCCUUGGAAGAUGAAGACCUCGGAAUUGGCGAUCGGAUAAAUAUUGCCUAUGGCACAACAACUAUUCGGAAAGGGCGUGGCAGAGGUAUCACUAUCUUUACAGGCAUGGAGACUGAGGUUGGCAAGAUUGCUGCUUCCACCGCGAAGAAACAUCGCAAGGCUGGCCGUUCUAUGAACUAUAGAAAGUACGGAAAACGACAACCGAUCAUUGGUCUUGCCAGGCGCAUCUACGAUUUUGUUGGCAAGUUUCUUGGGCUGACUGAAGGAACCCCGCUUCAGAUCAAGCUCUCGAAACUGGCCUACAUCCUUUUUGGCUGUGCUCUGUUGCUCGCUGUUAUCGUCUUUGCCGUCAACAAAUUUGCUGGUGAUAGAGAAGUUGUUAUUUAUGCUAUAAGCACUGGUAUUGCUAUCAUCCCUGAGUCUCUUGUCGCGGUCUUAACUAUUACUAUGGUCGUUGCCGUUACUGUCAUGCGUAAGGCUAACGUGGUUGUCCGGAACUUGUCAGCCUUAGAAGCUCUGGGUGGCGUUACCAAUAUCUGCUCGGAUAAGACAGGCACCUUAACCCAAGGAGCGAUGAUAGUACGGAAAGUAUGGAUCCCCUCUAACGAAAUUUACACGGUUGAAGACUCCAAGCAUCCAAGUAAUCCAACUGAGGGUAGAGUGACGUUCUCUGAAGUUGAUGACGAGGUUCAAGAGCCUGAGAAACGAGAUUUUGAUGAGGAGCGUAGUGCGGCAGUUCUCAAAUUCGACGUCCCAGACGAGAAACUCAAUCCUCCUCGGCAAAAGAAAGAAAACGAAAAAGAGGCCACCAUGAACCCCAAACUAGAACUUUUCCUCCUCGCUGCGGCGCUUUGUAACCUUGCUACCGUUAGGCACGAAACAGAGCCCGCCGAAGGCCGCAUUGAAUGGCAAGUCACUGGUGAGCCAACUGAGAUUGCCCUACAAGUGUUUGCGUAUCGCUUCCAGAAAGGCAAGAAGAUCUUGGAAGCAGAUGGUUGGAAGCAAGUCGCCGAAUUUCCGUUUGACAGCAGCAUCAAGCGCAUGUCUGUCGUUUACAAUAAUCCACACCUUGACCAUAGCAUGGUAUUUACCAAGGGCGCCGUCGAGCGAGUCAUUGAUCUUUGUACUUCCGUCGGAAUUGGAGACUCGCAAGAGCCAAUGACUGAAGAAUACAAGGAAAAGAUACUAAAACAGAUGGACGUCUUUGCUAGCCAGGGACAACGUGUCCUUGCCAUUGCUUAUCGACCUUGGGACGGCAAAUAUACGGAAAAGACUAAGCCUGAAAAUAGCGAAGAGGACGAAUCUCUGCGAGAGAAGGUAGAAAGUGGCCUUACGCUCUUAGGACUGGCGGGGAUUUACGAUCCGCCACGUAAAGAGACGACGCCGGCUAUCGCUGAAUGUGCUUCUGCUGGUAUUAAAGUACACAUGUUAACCGGAGACCACCCUGCUACGGCUGAAGCCAUUGCUAAGGAAGUGGGCAUCAUUCCUAGAAAUCUCGGUAUCCUCAGCCAUGAAGUCGCUAGUACGAUUGUGCAGAAGGCGAGCGACUUUGAUAAGCUUUCGGACGAGGAGAUCGAUGCCAUGCCGGAGUUGCCACUUGUUCUCGCACGUUGUGCUCCGGACACCAAGACCCGCAUGAUAGAGGCUCUCCGCCGCCGGUCUGCUUACAUGGCCAUGACUGGCGACGGCGUUAACGAUGCCCCCUCGCUGUCCCGAGCCGACGUCGGUAUUGCAAUGGGCUCGGGGUCCGACGUAGCCAAGUCCGCGGCGAAAAUCGUGCUGACAGACGACAAAUUCAAUUCCAUCGUUGCCGCCAUCCGUGAGGGCAGACGAAUGUUCGACAACAUCCAGAAAUUCAUUCUGCACCUACUUACCUCGAACGUGGGAGAAGUUAUCCUCCUGAUUUGCGGUCUCGGGUUUCAGGACGAAUCGGGCCUUUCGGUGUUCCCCAUCUCGCCUCUCGAAAUCCUCUGGAUCAACAUGGUGACUUCAUCCUUCCCCGCCUUCGGCCUCGGCCGCGAGCCCGCUUCCCGCGAAGUGAUGCGCAAGCCGCCGCACGACAGGAAGCGGGGCGUGUUCACGAACCAGAUCCUGGCCGACAUGAUGGUUUACGGGCUGCUGAUGGGCACGCUGUCGCUGAUGACGUUCGUGAUCGUCAUCUACGGGGUGAACGACGGGCGGCUGGGGGUGAACUGCAACCGGGAGUACGGCGACGGGAUCUGCGAGCCCGUGUUCCGGGCGCGGGCCGCCGUCUUCGCGGAGCUGACCUGGCUCAUCCUCAUCAGCGCCUGGGAGUUCAAGGACAUCCGCCGGUCGAUGUUCCGGCUCAAGCCGGACGACACGUCCAAGUUCCCGCUGUUCAAGGACGUCUACGAGAACAAGUUCCUGUUCUGGGCCGUGGUCCUCGGCGCCCUCAGCGUGUUCCCCGUCGUGUACAUCCCCACGAUAAACACCAACGUGUUCAAGCACGUCGGGAUCAGCUGGGAAUGGAGUCUAGUUGUCGCGGCGACCAUCAUCUUCGUCGCGGGCAUGGAGCUCUGGAAGUUGAUCAAGCGUCGGUUUAGAUUGCUCGAGGAUGCCGCCGUCGCGAGAGGCGCUUUCUCUCAGGGCAGCGAGGAAAACGGGCGGAAGUUCAACCACACGAUCAGUUUUGGCAGUUUGAAGAGUUGGCGGAGUGUUGGGCGAAGCCAUACUACUGAUACCCGGGCCAGCACGAAGGAGAAGAAGGACGCAAGUCCCGUAUGA